GAGAAGGAGGGAGGGGGACGCACGCGGACGGAAAGUAGGGAAAGAGGUGCAGGCAGGCGGGUGGCGCUGUGGCCCGGGGGCCGCGGGAACCCGGCGAGAUCGAGCUGGGCGGCGGCGCCGGCCGAGAGGAGCUGAGGGCGGAGGCGCGGGGAGCGCGUUUGGGGCGCCGCGGUGGGGAGGGUGGCGGCCGCCGGUGCGCGCGGGGUGCCGUGUGUGCGCGCUCCCCCGCUCAGGGAGAAAGAUGGCCCAGAAGGGAAAGUUGGGGUGACGCGCGCAGCCCCGGGAGGCUCGGCGGGGGGCGCCGCGCCGAGCCCGACGGAGCGGCGGCCGGAGAGGCCGAGGGGCGCGCGGUCCGGGCGCCGCCGCCACCGCCGAGGCGUCCGCCCCCUCACUGCAGGUGGCCGCGGCGACGCUGGGGCCGGGCGGCCGGGGGCGCGGGCGGGCGCGCAGGGGAGCCCGGCAGAGGGAUGGGCUGCGCCCCCAGCAUCCACGUCUCGCAGAGCGGCGUGAUCUACUGCCGGGACUCGGAGGAGUCCAACUCGCCCCGCCAGACCACCAGCGUGUCGCAGGGCCCCGCGGCCCCCCUUCACGGCCUCUUCGUCCAGACCGACGCCGCCGACGCCAUUCCCCCCAGCUGCGCGUCCGGGCCCCCCGGCGCCGCCCGCGUCCGCAGGGCCCGCGGCGAGCUGGGCAGCGGCAGCAGCGGGGGCUCCGCAGCCCCCGCCGUGACCACCUGCAGGGGCCGGAGACGCCACUGCUGCAGCAGCGCGGAGGCCGAGACCCAGACCAGCUACACAAGCGUCAAGCAGGUCUCUUCAGCAGAGGUACGCAUCGGGCCCAUGAGACUGACCCAGGAUCCUAUCCAGGUUUUACUUAUCUUUGCCAAGGAAGAUCGUCAGAGUGAUGGCUUCUGGUGGGCCUGCGACAGAGCCGGGUAUAGAUGCAACAUUGCUCGGACUCCGGAGUCAGCCCUGGAAUGCUUCCUCGAUAAGCAUCAUGAAAUCAUUGUCAUCGAUCACAGACAAACUCGAAACUUUGAUGCGGAGGCGGUGUGCAGGUCAAUCCGGGCCACAAAUCCUUCGGAACACACGGUGAUCCUGGCGGUGGUUUCACAAACAUGCAGUGACCACGAAGAGGCCUCAGUCCUCCCUCUGCUGCACGCGGGCUUCAACAGGAGAUUUAUGGAGAAUAGCAGCAUAAUUGCUUGCUAUAAUGAACUGAUUCAAAUAGAACAUGGGGAAGUUCGCUCACAGUUCAAGCUAAGGGCCUGUAAUUCAGUGUUUACAGCAUUAGACCACUGUCAUGAAGCCAUAGAGAUCACAAGCGAUGACCAUGUGAUUCAGUAUGUCAACCCAGCCUUCGAAAGGAUGAUGGGCUACCACAAAGGCGAGCUCCUGGGCAAAGAACUCGCUGAGCUGCCCAAAAGCGACAAGAACCGCGCAGACCUCCUCGAAACCAUCAACACCUGCAUCAAGAAGGGCAAGGAGUGGCAGGGCGUUUACUAUGCCAGACGGAAAUCGGGUGACAGCAUCCAACAGCAUGUGAAGAUCACGCCAGUGAUUGGCCAAGGAGGGAAAAUUAGGCAUUUUGUCUCCCUCAAGAAACUGUGUUGUACUACUGACAAUAAUAAGCAGAUUCACAAGGCUCAUCGUGAUUCAGGAGACAAUUCUCAGACAGAGUCUCAUUCAUUCAGAUACAAGAACAAGAGGAAAGAAUCCAUUGACGUGAAAUCAAUAUCAUCUCGAGGCAGUGAUGCACCAAGCCUACAGAACCGUCGCUACCCAUCCAUGGCAAGGAUCCAUUCCAUGACUAUUGAGGCUCCCAUCACGAAGGUUAUAAAUAUCAUCAAUGCAGCCCAAGAAAACAGUCCCGUCACAGUAGCAGAAGCUUUGGACAGAGUUUUAGAAAUUUUACGGACCACAGAACUGUACUCCCCUCAGCUGGGUACCAAAGAUGAAGAUCCUCACACCAGUGAUCUCGUGGGGGGCCUGAUGACGGAUGGCUUGAGAAGGUUGUCAGGAAAUGAGUAUGUGUUCACUAAGAUUCAAGACGUUCUUUCUAGUAGUGACCGUGAAGAUGACAAAUGCUCAGCAGCCCUCGAGAUUCCACAAUUAACCACCCUUCCUGCCCCAUCCGUUUGCUCAGACGUGCACCAGAGUCACAGUCACCUUUCGAUGCCAAUAACUAUCAGUGAUGUCCCCCCUUCAAUCGCUCAAUUACUCGAUAACGAGGAAAGCUGGGAGUUCAACAUUUUUGAAUUGGAAGCUGUGACACACAAAAGGCCGUUGGUUUACCUGGGCUUAAAGGUCUUUUCCCGGUUUGGAGUAUGUGAAUUUUUACACUGUUCUGAAACUACUCUUCGGGCCUGGCUCCAAGUGAUUGAAGCCAACUACCACUCCUCCAAUGCGUAUCACAACUCCACCCACGCCGCUGACGUCCUGCACGCCACGGCCUUCUUCCUCGGAAAGGAAAGAGUGAAGGGAAGCCUCGAUCAGCUAGAUGAGGUGGCUGCCCUGAUUGCAGCCACAGUCCAUGACGUGGACCACCCGGGAAGGACCAACUCUUUCCUGUGCAACGCAGGCAGUGAACUCGCUGUGCUCUACAAUGACACCGCUGUCCUGGAGAGUCACCACACAGCCCUAGCCUUCCAGCUCACGGUCAAGGACAACAAAUGCAACAUCUUCAAGAACAUUGACAGGAACCAUUAUCGAACACUGCGCCAAGCUAUUAUUGACAUGGUUCUGGCAACGGAGAUGACAAAACACUUUGAACAUGUGAACAAAUUUGUGAACAGCAUCAAUAAGCCAAUGGCAGCUGAGGUUGAAGGUGGCGACUGUGACUGCAACCCUAUUGGGAAAAACUUUCCUGAAAACCAAAUCCUGAUCAAGCGCAUGAUGAUUAAGUGUGCUGACGUGGCCAACCCAUGCCGCCCCCUGGACCUGUGUAUUGAAUGGGCCGGGAGGAUCUCUGAGGAGUACUUUGCACAGACCGAUGAAGAGAAGAGACAGGGGCUACCUGUGGUGAUGCCGGUGUUUGACCGGAAUACCUGUAGCAUCCCCAAGUCCCAAAUCUCCUUCAUUGACUACUUCAUAACAGACAUGUUUGAUGCUUGGGAUGCCUUUGCACACCUGCCAGCCCUGAUGCAGCAUUUAGCUGAUAACUACAAACACUGGAAGACACUAGAUGACCUAAAAUGCAAAAGUCUGAGGCUUCCAUCUGACAGCUAAAGCCAAGACAGAGAAGGAGACCUCUUCAUCUACAAAGAGCACCGUGAAUCACAGUAGUGUAAACAGGAGGCUUUCCUUUAUAAUGAACAUGACAGGCAUAGGCUAAGGAGCUAAUGUUUAAUAUCUGACCUUGAAAUCAUUCAAGUUCCCAAAUUUCAUUUUUAGGAAAUUAUGUUUCAUGAAGAAAAAUCUCUGUUCUUUUGCACAAUAACUUAGUGACAGAACAAACAUAUGGCAAGACCCUUUGCCCUGCUCUCAUCCUGUGUGCCCUCAUCAAACCAUGGAGUUGAUUCACGGUAACUAGCAGGACACAAGCAGCAAAGACUUGGUGCCCAUGAACCCAUCUCCGUGAAUGAUGACCAUGUAGCGUGGCUAGUGAUUAGCUCAUCUUUUAUCAUGAAAGUCACCAUCACUAUUUAGCUUGACUAUUUUCCUCAAGAGCAGCCAUCUGAAAGAGUUAGAAGAAUAUCUAAGGGGAAAAAUAAAAACACACAAAAAUGAGCAAAACACCUAGGACCAAAUUACCACUUAGCUUCAGAGCUUCCAUGGCUGGUGGUUCUUCUGAUCGAUGGUGUGGCACCAAGUUAGAACACAGCCUUGGCCUGGUGAGUGCUCUCUCCAGACUGGUAAGCAGCAGCCCGUGUAGCCCUCUUUCCUGCAAAGGGGAUUCUUUUCAGCAGAAAGCCAUCCAUGAUGGGGAAGGGAGUGACAUCCCAUUUUGGGGGAAUCCAUGAGCUUUUCCCUUACUUCUGGUUUACAGAGGCAGUCACAAGGCACUAUACUGAGUGUUAUAUAAAAAAGCCAUUAAAUCUGAAUGCCCUGGACAAGCUUUUUUAAAAAAAAUUUAUAUAUACAUUUGCUGUUCAAAAUUUUUAUUAAAGCAAUCUAAAUUUUCUGGGUAUAAGUCCACAGAGUAUAUUGUACCAUAUACCAUCUAUACGUAUAUAUGUGAGGAGGAGUUAGAGGAAGUUUCAAAGUUGUGAUGUUUUUAACCUAUCUAUAUUUAAGAUCAUGCCAUUUUGCUUUAUGACGUUUAAAAAAGGGGGUUGCAAGAUGUGUAAAUAUAUCAGAAAGUAGGCAUAUGGGGAAGCCGUACAUACUAUUUUAAGCUACUAACUGUAUGCUAAAAGCUUCUAAAGCACAAGUGCAUAUUUUUAUACAGCUCUUUUCACAACUUUCUGUGAUCUACAUGAAGUCAGACUUGAGAUUUUCCUUUCUCUUUUACCAGCCAGCCCUUCUCCAUGUAUUAUAAAUAUUAGAAACUCAGUAAACAAAAUGUUUGUUUUUCUCUCAAAUUCUCUGUACUCCAUGCUGCAUUUCUAAGAGGCAUAAACAGCAUCUAAACUAACUGAACCAGUAGUUAGUUACUUUUUUCAAAUGAAAACUGGAAUGCAGAAACACUUGGAACUAAUACAUGGGAAGGAAAAAAAUGUCUUAUCACUACAUAAUGUGCCAACGUUUUUUUCUAUGUUUUGUACCCAAAAAAAUCGAAACAUCUAUGACAGUUCCAUGCAAAGAAAUGUAUCUAAAUUAUUUUGUUAGAUGGUAUGAGAACUUGCUUGGUCAGGACAGCAGCUAGCUUUGUAUUGUAAUGCUUCAUUAUGUAAAUGUGCUGAAAAUGUUUUUGUGAAGUAAUUGUAAACUAAAUUCCUACAGCCAUUUUUCAUUCCCAACAGCUGUUUUAUUUUAUUCCUUUGCCCUAAAGUUUUCAUAAUUUUA